GUGAGGUUGGUGGUUAGUAAAGGCGAGAGGGUUCACGUGAAUUCAUUGAUGGAUUGCUCGCAUGCUCGAGUAGAGUUAAGAAGAAGGUGCCGGGUGGCUUCUGUUGCUAAAACUGCCUCCAUGCCAGCUCUUGGCAAGAGACACUGGUUCAGCAGUGGCAUUGGAUUCUUAUAACUGUCAGGAGCCGCCUCGCGAUCUACCCUCCAAUUUAUUGGACCUGCAGUUAAUCAAAUCCAUUCCGCUGUAUCGCCUCCGCGAUGUGAUUGCAAGAUUAUGAUCUCGAAGAACCAAAUCAAGCUUCGGCUACACAAGCUUCAUCUUUGAUUCCCUUCUCCCUGAUCCUGAUCAGACCACGAGCAAAAAUCCGAUUUUUCCGGUCAUGGCGGCGGCAAACCGCUACUUCCAGCGGCCGCUGGAUUCGCUCCGCUGCAAGCUGAAGAAGCCGCUGUUCAAGGACGACGCCAGGGCCAAGAAGCGCCGCCGGGAGGGGUGGUGGAAGUCCGCCCUGCUCUUCUGGAAGCAGAGCCACGAGGCCGCCGGCGGCGGCACGUCCGACGAGCAGUGGCGCUCCCACACACAGCUGCCGCCCGUGUACGCCACCGAGAUCGGAGGCCGCGGCGCGAGGCGGCCGAAGGCGGCGUUGCUGCUGGCGGCGGCGGAGGUCGGGGCCGAGGCGGCAGCGGGGAUGGCCUAUCAGAGACUUAGUGACCCCGGCGGAGGCCACCGGGCGGCGCCCAUCUACAUCGUUACCUGAACCAGGGAUCCUUCCGUCUCUCCCUUCUCUCGAAUAAUCGGAUCGAAAACGCUUUUUUUGCCGGUGGAAUUGUUCCAUUCAAUGUGUUCGUUAGAUUUCACGUGUCCAAGAUUCGAAUUUUUUAAGUAAAACGAGAAGGAAAAGCCGAAAAGGUGAAGGCGUGAACUGGGAAAAAGGCCUGCUUUAGAUGAA